AUGGUUGCGGCUUACGCAGAAAACGGUCACGGUCACGAGGCCCUGCAGCUCUUCAGGAUGAUGAUUCUGGAGGGUCAAAGCCUCGACUCGGUCGUCUUUGUCAACGUCCUCAAUGCUUGUUCUUCGGCAGGAAACGCUGCUGCGGGAGAAGCUCUUCACGGCAAUUUAGUUGAGGCUGGAUUCGAGUCGGACGUAGUAGCGGCAACGGCACUCGCGAACAUGUAUAUCAAGUGUGGACGUUUGGAAGACGGGCGUCGUGUUUUCAACAGAUUGGAGGCCCGGAACGUUGUCAGCUGGAACACCAUGAUCUCGGGCUAUGUUCAGAACGGUUGUCCCAAAAAAAGCUUGGAACUCUUCCACCAAAUGGAUCCCGGAGUUGCUGACAAACGGACGUACAUAGCAGCACUGAAUGCUUGCGCCUGCUCAGUGGCUGCAACCGAAGGGAAACUUAUACACCAGCGAAUACUUCAGCAGAAGAUGAGCGUCGACGUAAUCCUGGGAAUAGCCAUUGUCAACAUGUAUGGAAAAUGUGGUUGCUUGAGCGAAGCCCGGGAGUUCUUUGACAGUAUACCUCUUCCCGACGUCGUCACUUGCAAUGCCAUGAUAGCUGGUUAUGCUCAGCACGGUCAGCUCGGUAAAGCUCUUAGUCUGUUCGCCAAAAUGAAGCAGGAGGGAGUGAGAGCCGACGGUGCCACCUUUGUUAGUGUUCUGUGUGCUUGUAGCCAUGCUGGUCACUUGAAAAUAGGAUCCGAGUUCUUCGUAUCAAUGCUGGUCGAUUACGAGUUUAGAAUUUCUGUUGAGCACUGUGGAUGCAUGCUAGAUCUGCUGAAUGCUGCGUGA